AUGGAUUUGAACUGGGACGAGGCAUCACCGCAGGAAGUACCCCCCGAAAACAGGCUCUUGGGGCUGGCAGGUACAGAAUUUGACUUCUGUGUCCCGGAAAUGGCACUACAAGGCGACACGUUGACAGUGGAGACAGGCUGGAAAGGUGGUUGCAGCGUGGGACACCUGGGGCACCCACAGCUGGACUGGAGCUCCACCUUGCCGCAUUCAGACGCCCCGUGGGGAACAAGUGAAUGCGUGUGGAAAGGCGGAGAGCCCGCUCCUCGGAGGUCCGGAGACUGGACAGACUGGGUGUACCUCGACUCGGACCCUUGGAGUCCUGCGUCCCCAGCCCUGGUUGCCGCCCCCUUUGCUGGUUCUGAAGGGGUCGCGGGUCUGAAUUGUGCCACCUCAGCGGUAGCGGCCCCUUUGUGGUCGUCGGACCCAGCGGCGAGGAGCUCCAGCAGCUGGGACUGCGCCGCGAGCUGGGAUUGCCGCUCUCCCGGCCCCGACGGCCCCGCCUGCCGGCCGCAGAGCCUCGGCGGAGGCGCGCGUGCGGACUGUACCAUUUCCGGAGACGAGCCUGCGGGAUCGGAUUGUACCACUUCCUGGGCCCAGGGACUGCAGCCACAGUGUGCCAACUCUUCAGAGGGGUACCCGAGUUCAGAUCGUACCACUUUCUCCGGACUGAGCUCGCCGUCAGGCCGAACAACUUCGACUCGUUACUCCAAAACUAACCACAGAGGUCCUAUUCAACUGUGGCAGUUUCUCCUGGAGCUGCUCCGAGACGGGGCUCGCAGCAGCUGCAUCCGCUGGACAGGGAACAGCCGCGAGUUCCAGCUGUGCGACCCCAAAGAGGUGGCACGGCUGUGGGGUGAGCGCAAGAAGAAACCCGGGAUGAAUUACGAGAAACUGAGCAGGGGCCUGCGCUACUACUACCGCCGUGACAUCGUGCUGAAGAGCGGCGGGCGAAAGUACACUUACCGCUUUGGAGGGCGCGUGCCAGGGCUAGCCUAGCCCGAUCGCACUCGGGCAGACAGGGAACAUGGACCUAGUAAAAAUCAUCUGUCCAACCUUGUCUCGUGUGCUGUUCUGCAUCCUUCUGAUGCCAGGUAG